AUGGCAUCUUCAAACGCAACAGUUCGUCACGCGAGCCGUGAAGAUGUUCCUACAAUUCUCGCUCUGAUCGAGGAGCUUGCUCUCUACGAGAAAGCCAGUGACAAGGUCGAAUCUACCGAGGAAAUCCUUACACGCACCCUUGCACACUACGAUCCUUCCACCUCGACCUUUUCUGAAGGCUUCGCCCGAACACUCCUCCUUACUGACCCUGACGGCACCGUAGCUGGCAUGGCUCUAUACUUCUACAACUACAGCACAUGGACAGGCGUGCCAGGUAUCUACCUGGAAGACCUCUUUGUUAAGGAGAACUACAGGAAGAAGGGUUACGGGAAGAGACUCCUGAAGGAGCUUGCUGGAGAAGUCCUGAAGGUCGGUGGCAAGAGGCUCGAAUGGAGUUGCUUGACUUGGAACGAGCCCAGUCUUCAAUUCUAUCAGAGCGAGGCUGUAGGUGCGCAAACGAAAGAUGCAUGGGUGGGUCUAAGAGUGGAGGGGGACGCACUAGGGAAGCUCGCGCGUUCUGAGGACAUCGAAGAAGCUGCCGAAGCGUACAAUCUUGCUGUCUGUCGUACUAUCGGUCUGGCUAUGCACAAGAAAUUACCACGAGAACUCCGCGACAUGGUCUACGCGUACCUGACCACACUUGAACUAGAAUUGUCAGACAAACCUGAUCUCCACUCGCGAAAAGAAUUUAGUCAACGAGUCCAACAACCAAAGUGCAUGGAAGGCCUUGCCAAACCGCCGAGAUAUACUACAUACUUUGCCUUGCAGCCUCACUCGAAGAAUGAUGGGCUUUGCUCAGAGUACUAUUGGCGAGACGAUGUCGUCAGCUCCAAAGUGGCUUCUGAGCCUAUCGAAUCCUGGUACCGGAACAGCACGUUCUACAUGAACUACACAAUAAUGGAUCAAGCAGAGUCCGAUAAAUGA